AUGACACGUCCCAUUCCUCAGGAGGUUCAAGGAUCUGUCAAGGCUCUUUUCAACCAAGGUUGUUCCCUCCGUGCCAUUCAAAAAAUCUUCCCAAAUUUGUCCGUCAGUGUACUUUCUCGCUAUAGGAAGAAGUUUCUUGGUCAUUCAAAACAUGCCAAACCCGGAAGACGCAGCAAAAUCACUACGCAAAAUAUGAACUACAUUGAGAGGAAUCUCCGCAAUGGUAAUUUAGACGGCCCCAAGGGUGUGCAGUGCUACCUUGCUCAUAUGGGAGUUCAGAUGACUUUGAGGAAUAUACAGUAUAUACUCAAGCGCAAAGGGUUCAAGGCUAAAAGAAACAGACAUCGACAUUUGACUGCGGACGAUUGGCGUAAAUGGGGAUUUUUCGAUGAAACCAGGGUCAACAUGUGGGGAUCUGACGGCGAAUCUUUCUACUGGACUGACAGGCCCACUGAGUUGAUGCCUCAUCAAACUGAGGCUCAAGUUCAGGGAGAUGGUGGUGGCGUUGUUUUCUGGGGCAUGAUAACAGCGGAGGGACCCAGCUAUGGCUCCACCAUUACCGAAGGAACUGUUAACUCAGAAGUUUAUGCUGAAAUUCUGGACUCAUCUUUGCUAGACACUAUCGAGUACUAUGGGCUGGACAAGAAAACGUUUAGAUUCCAGCAAGAUAACGCAAGACCACAUACUUCUGGUCCCAUUAAAAAAUAG